AUGGCAGUUAUCACACGCAUAUUGUCCUAUGCGGUCAAUAAGCCUUAUCGAUCUCAGGAUAUCUGCUACGAACCCCAUCCUUUUAUCAAUGAAGAUGGGUAUGUUGACUUCACCCCGGGUGACAUCGAGAACCCCCGUAACUGGUCGACAACUCGCCGUGUUACCAUCACCAUGACUGCUGUUUUGCUUGUCGUGAAUGCAACAUUCGCUUCAAGCUCCCCCAGUGGUUGUUUUGGUUCCAUCUCAAAAGAAUUUGGCAUAUCUACCGAGGUGGCUGGUUUAACAAUCACACUUUUCUUACUUGGCUACUGCGCCGGACCCCUCGUCUUCGCCCCGCUCAGCGAGUACUAUGGGCGCCGUUGGAUUUUCUACAUCAGCUUUGCAUUCUACCUCGCAUUCAAUUUCAUGUGCGCCUUUGCGCCUAAUCUUGGCGUGCUACUAGUGGGUAGGUUCCUGGCAGGAACUUUUGUCUCAGCGCCUCUGAGCAACGCCCCGGGAGUGCUCGCAGAUUUAUGGGAUCCACUCCAGCGCGCUAACGCCAUGGCUGGAUUCUCGGCAAUGGUAUACGUUGGACCAGCCCUUGGACCAGUUAUCGCUGGCUUUCUCGAGCUAAAGAGAGAUUGGCGUUGGAGCUUUUAUGUGCUGCUCUGGCUUGGUGGAUUAACCGCCGUCUUGAUGUUGACCAUUCCGGAGACAUACGCGCCAACAAUUUUGUACAACAAGGCGAAGCGAAUUCGAAAGGCAAAGAUUCCAGCGUACGAGUACGUCAAGGCUGAAGUUGAGGACAGCGAUCGAACCCUCGUUGGUAUCUACAAAGUGGCGCUAACGCGACCAUGGAAAAUUCUUUUCGAUCCAAUUUCUCUGCUAUGCGCUAUCUACAUGGCAAUUGUCUAUACUUUACUCUACAUGCUUUUCACCAUCUAUCCCAUCGUGUUCCAAGAGAAGCGUGGGUGGAACUCAGGUGUGGGUGAACUACCUUUGGUUGGCACCGUCAUCGGCGCGCUCAUCGGCGGUCUGAUUGUUUUGAUUGACACUCGGCUCCGCCAGAGGAAAAUUGAGAGGGGUGAGAAGAAAAUGGAAGAUAACGUUCCUGAAGAUCGAUUAAUUCUAGCUAUGAUUGGUGGCAUUGGAUUUCCCGCAACCAUGUUCUGGUUUGCAUGGUCGGCUGAAUACAACUCUGUCCACUGGAUUGUUCCCACUCUCGCCGGGUGCUUCCUUUCAAGCUCUCUACUUCUCAUAUUUGUCGCAUAUUUGAAUUACCUCGUGGACUGUUAUUUGAUGUACGCUGCUUCUGCCAUCGCUGCAAACACCAUUGCCCGCUCCGCCUGCGGGGCUGCCGCACCGCUUUUCACUAACCAGAUGUUCUCCGCACUUGGUGUUGGGGGCGGAGGGAGCCUCAUCGGAGGCGUUGCUUCCCUGCUAGCCGUUAUUCCAUUUCUUUUCUAUAAGUAUGGAAAGCAGAUCAGACUCCGAAGUCGAUUUGCGCCGGCACUAGAUGCUCGCAGACAAGAAAAGACAGAUGAGGAGGCUGUUCCCCCGGGCGCAGGUAUUCAAAGCUCUGUUUCGCCACCAGAUGAAAGUGAAAGUUCCAUCUCGGAAGUCAGUGAGAGUGCUGAAGUAGAGAGAGGAGAGAAGGCUCGAGAUUGA